GGCCGGACUGGGCAGGGCCGGACUGCCGCUGGACCGGACUGGGGGGUGCUCAGAGCGCUGCCCGCCUUCCACCCCACCCCUCUGCUCAAUCCAGACCCUACACCCAGCCGGACGAGGACUCCCCCAUUGCCCUCCUCCGCCCAACGCCUCGUCCCACGCUCUCCGGCCUCCACUGGAGAGCCAAGCAUGUCUGUCACCCUGAACAACAGCUUCCAAGGAGGGAAAGCUUUUGGCUUGCUGAAAGCCCGGCAAGAGAGGAGACUAGAAGAGAUCAACCGGGAGUUUCUCUGUGACCAGAAAUUCAGCGAUGAAGAGGACCUGGAGGAGAAGUUGGCCGCCUUCAAAGAGAAAUACGUGGAGUUUGACCUCAACAAUGAAGGAGAGAUUGACCUGAUGUCGCUGAAGAGGAUGAUGGAGAAGUUGGGAGUCCCCAAGACCCACCUGGAGAUGAAGAAGAUGAUUUCGGAAGUGACGGGUGGCAUCAGCGAGACCAUCUCCUACCGAGACUUCGUCAACAUGAUGCUCGGGAAGCGGUCCGCUGUCCUCAAGCUCGUCAUGAUGUUCGAAGGGAAAGCCAACGAGAGCAGCCCGAGGCCGAGAGGCCCCCCGCCCGAGAGAGACAUUGCCAGCCUGCCCUGAGGACCCUUCCCCGCCUGCCUCGCUCCCAGGCGCUGGCUGGGUUUCCGAUCUCAUUGUGAUUUUGCUUGUUUGUUUGGGUCUGGCCUUUUUUUUUGUUCUUUUUUUUUUGUUUUAAACUUUGGACAGUUA